GCUUGUUGCCGGCCUCCUCCAUCGUCUUGAGGCUGCGGACUGCGCGCCGCCGGAGGGUGAAAGGAAUACCGUGCACAAAGUCAGUCUGGUCCGAAACUUCAAGGGGAGACUUGGCCGGUAUCGGGCCGCCGUGGAGAGCGCCCAGAGGUCUCACCAGCAGAAGAAGCAGCAAAGGGGCAGCCGGCGGACAUCUGAGCUGGACGAGGCGGAGAAGGGCAAAAUUCUCCAGGAGCUGGAGGAGGUAAAGGUCGAGGAGCUGGAGGUCAUCGGAGCCUUCGUUACCUUCACCCAUGUGAAGCACAAGGAGUUUAUCAGCCAAGAGUACCGAUUCAGUCGCAUCAUGGUGCUGGGAAGGUGGUUGCAGGGUGACGAUCAACGCUUUGAAGGUGACGCGAUUCGGGCUUCCGAUGCGCCGCUGCCAGCGGACAUCUUCUGGGAGAACAUCGAUUGCCCACAGAACAAGAGGAGGUUCAAAAGAGUUGUCAUUGCCGGUGCCUUUCUGGUGCUGGUCCUUGUCAUGAUUCUCUGCCUGAGCCUGGCGAAGUGGGGCCGGGAGGAAGCGCAGGCCCAAGGGAGCGGCGUCUGCCCUGCAGCAGCAGAUGCCACAGAGUCUCAAAAGCUCUACUGCUCUUGCACUGCCAUUGGGAUACAAAGCGUCCUGCGCGACAUACCGGCUGGAACGCGGCAGGAGUGUAGUUCCUGGCUGGAGACGUACGCAUACUCUCAGGCGAUGAUGAUGCUUGCAGUGGCUUUCUCGUCUGUCAUCAACAUCGCCGCGGGCGUGCUGAUAUCCAUGAUUGCGCACUUUGCGCAGCCACCAAACUUCACCGUCUUAGAGUCCCGCAUCAUGCAGAUGACUUUUGUCGUGAAAGUGCUGACGCUGGGGGUUGUGGUCACGCUCGUAAAUGCAGACUUUCAGUUCUACAUUGGCAGCUUGAAGGGCUUUCUGGGUCUACUGGGGGCUGGGCAGUUCAAAGACAUCGACAAGGCAUGGAAUGCCGCAGUGGGUGUCGAGAUCCUGACACUUAUCGUUUUCAGCAUCAUGAACGAGAUCAUUGCCAUUGCCUUCGUCCUGCUCUUCAAAAUAAAGUGCUAUUGCCUUGCCGGGAGGAAGGUUGACUGGCGAUCCAUGAAGGAGUUGUUUACGCCUCCCCAGUUCGAGCUUGCAAACUACCACGCCGACCAGUUGAGCCUUGUCUUCGCAUGCCUGCUGUUCUCCAGUUGCCUACCGGCCGUGUUGAUCGUCCUCGCUGUGCGCUUGUUCUCCAUGUACUGGAUCCACAAGUUCGAGUUCCUGAGGGGCUGUUCGGUGCCUCCUCGGCACAAGCAGGAGCUUGCUCUUGGCAUGGCUCGCUGGGUCCAGAUGGCCGUCUUCUGCCACUGCGCAGUGGCUGUCUGGGUUUACGGCUCAGAGGUGCUGCUGGUGCAGGACGAGUCGAAGUUCGAAGCCGGCGCCGCGACAGACUACGCAACGCAGCUCGGAAGCCUCCUCGGGGCCGAGGCGGCCGCGGUGGUGGAGAAGGCUUUGACUCCAGCGGCCACGCCGAAUGCCUUGGUUUUCUGCUUUCUGGUGACCUUCUGGCUUCUAAAGCUGGUGUAUUGGGUGCUUGGGCAGAGUGCAGUGAACAAUCUGCUGGCACUCUUCGCCUGGGUUUUGCCCUGCCAAGGUUGCUUCAGGAGAUCUCGGAACGCUGUCUUCGACGAGGCUUUCACCGAGGCUCCAAUGCGUGAGAUGAUCCGACGAAGGAUCAACCACAGUUACAACGUGUGGGAUGCGGACGGUUUCGAGUUCCUCACGCCGGACGCUGGGGCAGGAACUGAGUAG